AUGCAUCUGGUGUUGGAUGGGGUUAGCUGCGUAUAUGUCGAGCGACCUUAUUCGUGGGAAAACGAGCUUUUCGGAACUGCGCUUAUAAAAUCGUCACGUGUUUUAAGCAGCACUUCGCUGUGGCUGGAACUUGCUUACAGCUCUGACGAGCCCGAUAAAGACGACCCGUUGUUUUCUAUUCACGGCGGCGUAUCCUUUAUAACUUUUUUCUUGUCCUUUCCUGUCAUGAAACUUUUAACCGAGCACUUUGCAGAUUCAGCCAAUCAAACAUCGCUGAAUAAGGAGAGCAGUCCAAUUAUGCAAAAGCAACAUAUUCCUUCUGCGCUAUUGACGCCUUCUCACUUUUUAUUGUAUUCUCACUUUGUCAUGGAAGGCCUCCGCUUCAAGCUUGUGAGGGUGCGGCCGGAGGUUGGCGAGUUUACUACUUUAUUUCUUUCCCGUGUCAACCCGGUCUCUGUUACGUUCACGAAGCGUCAUUCCUCGAAACAACUCACAGUAACUUGCUUAUGA